AAGGUGGCGCCCCCCAGCUUCUUGUAGGUCCGGCUAGGUCCCUUCCUGUUAGUUUUCUUAGGCGUGAUGGCGUUCCGGAGGUUGGCUCCGACGCUGAAUAGGGCGGCCAGGACAUUCGGGGAACCAGACCACGGAGUUAAAUUUAAUUCUUCUGUUCCCAAUCCCAUAUCUCUUCCUGAUGAAGUGGAUACAAGAGAAAAUGAGAUUGUUGCUCCUGAGUUCACAAAUAGGAACCCACUUAAUUUGGAAAGAUUGGCUAUAGCAAGAAAGGAUCUAGGUUGGAAAACCUCAUGGCCAAAACGGGAUUAUUGGUACAGGUUACGAUUUGAAAAAACCCAAAAACAUGUGGAAGGCUACAUUGAACAUUGCAGCGGUCAUAUUGUAGUCUCUGCUUCCACUCGCGAGUGGGCUAUUAAGAAGCAUCUUUAUAAAACAACUGGUGUGGCAGCCUGUGAGAAUGUGGGGCGUGUAUUAGCACAACGUUGUCUCGAAGCUGGAAUCAACUUUGUGGAUGACAAGGUUAUAAUUCCAUGGGAAAAACACGGCGAAGGGCUGAAACGUUUCAAACAGGCUGUGACGGAAGGUGGUGUUGAACUGAAAGAACUUGAAAGAAUUUAUGAUAAAUAUGGUAAUAAGAAGCUGCCAAAGGAAGUACAGUCUUAGAAGCCUGCAAUUCUAUCCUUGGAAAACAUUUGAUCACACGCUGCUCUUAAUACCUAUCUUUUUAUAUUAAAUAAAAAUCCAACAGAUGUGCAAAUGCUGA